AUGCCGACCAUUCAAGAGGAACUGGAUAUGAACGAGAGUGAUUUACAAUGGCUACAAACAGCUUUCCAUUUAGCCGUCGGAAGUUUGUUAGUUUUCUUCGGCAAAGUCGCCGACAACUUCGAUAGGAAACGGAUCCUACUUCUUGGCAUAAUAUUGCUCGGUGGUUUCCAGCUAAUUGGAGGUUUCAUGUCCAAUGGUGCCGCGUUGAUAUCCGCAAGAGCCUUAUCAGGCGUGGGACUAGCGAUGUGCGCGCCGAGCGCUACUGGUAUCUUGGCGGAAUAUUUCACGGGAAAAGCCAGAUCGAUAGCAUUUACCUGUUUUGGCAUGGGGUUUGCCAUAGGCGGAGCAUCGGGGAUCCUCAUCGGAGGUCUGUUUGUUUCCUAUGUCAGGUACACCUGGCGAAGUAUUAUGUUCUUCCUAUCUGGACUAUCACUACUCGUCCUCAUUAUGAUUAUCGUGUAUGUGCCUUGGGAUAAUUCGCAUACCGAAGAAGACAGGAGGAUGGACUGGGUCGGAGCUGCUUUGAUAGCAGGAGGUUUGGCAAUGUUCCUGUUCGCUAUUACCGACGCUCAGAAUUCCCCUGAUGGCUGGAAGACUCCAUAUAUAAUCGCAAUCCUUCUCCUUGGUAUACUAUCCGUCACGACCUUCUUCUUCUGGGAGCAUCACAUAGCCAACAAGACUUCCAGACCUCCUUUAAUGCGACCCGCUCUGUGGACACGAGCUCAUGGUAGACUGUCGGCCUUAUACUUUACAAGUCUUCUCGGUAAUUUGGGUUACAUAGACGCUCUCUACAAUGCUACUUUAUAUUUUCAACAAGUCCAAAACACGGGUUCGACAGGCGCAAUGUUACGAUUUCUACCGGUUGAAAUCUCUGGUAUAAUCUGUUAUUCGCUCGUGGCACUAGUGAUACACAGGGUGCCAGCUUACUGGUUGAUGUUGGUAGGCCUUCUAGCGUGCGGCUUUGCAAACAUGUGUUUUGCAUCAUCUGAGGAAAGUACGAACUACUGGAAAUUACCAUUUCACGGGAUGUGGCUAUCGGCAAUGGGCGUGGCAUUACCGACCGUCGCUCGAUCGUCAAGCUUUGUACCUACAGGUCUAGUAUUCGUCUCAAAAUUCGCUUUACCCGACGAAUACAGCGUUGCUAGUGGCCUAUUCCAAUCGAUGCUCAGGUUAGGUAUAUCCGUUGGUCUAUCGUUGAUGGCAAUUAUUAACACUUCGGUAAAGAAUAUGAACCUGGGGAAGGCGAAGGAUGAGACCGAGAGUCUAUUGAGAGGUCUACAGAUGAAGCCAGCAACAGUCCAGAGAAAGACGAGAGCGAAGGAUCAAAGUAACUCAGAAAAGACUCGAAGAGAAGAUGGUUGUUGA